AUGACGCACGUGUCCUCGUGCAAGCUGGUGUGCUUCAACACCGUUGUCGCUGGCCUGAUCGUGUUUCUGACCCUCUACACCGUCUCCGCUCACCUGACGGAGGAUAGUAAGCUGGCCAUCGUUGGCGUGAACCGGGCGCGUUACAACACCACCGAUGCAUGGAAAGCGCUGUACUUUUCCAAGGCGGCAUACUGCGAGGCAGAGAAGUUGACGCACUGGAGCUGCGGCGACACCUGCACCAACGCCACCCCUGAGUUUCGUCUCUUCAACGUCUACGACAACACCUCAACGGGCAACUUCGGAUACAGCGGCGUUGACCAUGUCGCGAAGCGGAUUGUCGUGGCAUUCCGCGGUACGUACAACACGGCGAACUGGCUUCAAAAUUUGGACUUCAUCUUCAUGACGUACCCGCACCCCGACUGUGGAAAGUGCAAGGUGCACCGCGGCUUCUACACUGCUUACGCCAGCCUUCGCACACAGAUGAUCCAAGAUGUUCUGUUGCUGCACGCGCGGUAUCCCCUCUACACCCUCUUCGUCACCGGUCACUCCCUCGGUGGCGCAAUAGCCAUGCUCGCUGCUGUCGAUUUGACAACGUGGGACAUGUCGGAGGCGGAAGUGCUGGGCAAGGGCGUGCUGUCCCGUGGUGUGGUGUCCCCGCCAUUGCACCUAACACCGAUUACGCUCUACACGUUCGGUGAACCACGCGUGGGAAACGGGCACUUCUCGAACUGGUCUCUGUCUGUCUUGACCGGCAGGCAGACGUUUCGCCUCACCCACGCGAAGGAUCCUGUGCCGCACGUGCCACCGCGCACACUCAGCUAUGUGCACAUGCCACGAGAGGUGUGGUACCCCAAGGACGACAAAAAGCACUAUCUGUGCCGGGACAACGCCUUCUCCGAGGACCCGUACUGCAGCAACAGCGUGUUCGCGACACAGGUGCCGGACCAUCUCAUGUACCUCGGUGUUUGCACACGAUGCGAGUGCACGGCGGCAGAGAUGGAGGAGAUCUACAGCUACGAGCUCCCACCCGAAAUGUACAAUAUUCUCGCCCUCGAUGACGCCAUGGACAACCCUAACGUUACAAGGCGCUGA